CGCGUCUCCCUCCCCAUCCUUGGUACCAACCCAACCCACUCCUUCGUCUCUUGUCGACAAUCACGACGAGCUCUGUGCGAUCUUCGGUAAUCGAACAAGCUUCCAAGAGUCUCCACCCAAUUUUUGGCCUCUCCGUCUCAAGUCCACCCGAAAAGCCAUCGACUGGCAUCUGCACUCGACGACCUCUUCAGUCCCUUUCGCCCUCUCUGGACAACCUCCAUCUCGACCACCAUCUCCACCAGACGUCGCUCGUUAUAUCACUGCGCUCGACCAGACAGAGAGAAGAGAAGAGAAGAGAAGAGAAGGAGACAGGAAAACCGCCGUCGCGAUGUCUACAGACAAGAAGAGCGAUGACUUCGUGGUCCGGAUCCCUGACCGGAGCGACAGCUUCCAGGAAGAGAAGGACCCCUUCCUCGCCAGGACGCCAUCGCACCGCAUCUCCCACACCCCGAGCUUCCAUGACAAGUUCGCAAAGAUCCAGAAUAGCCCCGGCACCUCCAUCCUUGCCUACUGCCUGUCGUCCAUUUCUAUGACCGUCGUCAACAAGUACUGCGUCUCGGGCAGGAACUGGAAUCUGAACCUGUUCUACCUUGCCGUGCAGUCUAUCGUAUGCAUCACUGCUAUCUUAAUCUGCAAGAAGGCUGGGCUCAUCACCAGCCUUGCGCCUUUUGACAAGGACAAGGCCAAGAAAUGGUAUCCGAUCUCCGUCCUCCUCGUCGGCAUGAUCUACACGAGCACCAAGUCCCUCCAGUUCCUCUCCGUCCCCGUCUACACCAUCUUCAAGAACCUGACCAUCAUCGUCAUCGCCUAUGGCGAGGUCCUCUGGUUCGGCGGCGAGGUCACCCCCAUGGCCCUCCUGUCCUUCGGGCUGAUGGUGGUCAGCUCCGUCGUUGCUGCUUGGGCCGACAUCCAGGCUGCCCUGGAGGGUGGCUACGAUGCGAGCGUCAACGUGUCGACCCUGAACGCUGGAUACGCCUGGAUGGGCAUGAACGUGUUCUGCACGGCCUCGUACGUCCUGACCAUGCGCAAAGUCAUCAAGAAGAUGAACUUCAAGGACUGGGACUCCAUGUUCUACAACAACCUGCUCACGAUCCCCACCCUCAUCGUGGCCUCCCUGAUCUUCGAGGACUGGAGCUCCACGAACCUCGCCCUGAACUUCCCCGAGGAGUCCCGCAACACCUUGAUCAUUGGCAUGAUCUACUCUGGCCUGGCUGCCAUCUUCAUUUCGUACUGCUCGGCCUGGUGCAUCCGCGUGACCUCGUCGACGACGUACUCUAUGGUCGGCGCGCUCAACAAGCUGCCUAUCGCCAUCUCCGGCCUCAUCUUCUUCGCCGCGCCCGUCACCGUCGGCAGCGUUUCGGCCAUCUUCUUGGGCUUCGUCAGCGGGAUCGUCUAUGCCUAUGCCAAGAUCCGGUCGUCGGCGCAGAGCAAGAUGUCUCUGCCCACGCAACAGCCCGUGAUGAGCGCGAGCGCGCAGAGCAGCAAGGACGCUGCGAAUGCAUAGGAGUAACGCUGUGUGGUGAAGAUGGGAGAGUUGAGACGUCUUGCGCCACCUGCGGGUGGAACAUUGCAGCUCUCUGUUAUGAAGGGACCUCUCUUGAGGUGCGUUGACCAGGCGUUGGAGCCAAAAAGUGGGGGACAUCUAGUGUGCAUUAGAUCUAGGUCUCGGUCCAAUUCUUUGUAUAUCCAUUUUUCUCAGGUCCCGCCUGUCCACCUCGAUCGGUCUCUUGGUAUAGAGCAGGUAGACGAACACACAGACACACACUCACAACAAGCGGCAUACAUGCAUGGUUUUUGAAUAGGUAACGAUUUGAGGCCAUGCAAACACGAAGGGAACACAUACGACAUCUUAUAUGGCGUUCAAAUGGGUUUGGACCAAGACAGGGUGGUAGAGGAAAGGGUUCAUGUGCUUUCCUGAUGCGAAGACGAAGUAGUCAUGAGACAAGGGAGGUCACCAGUUCUCUGGAGGGGGUGGGGAAAAUGAGUCCGAGUGCUAUGUUUUUAAUAUUUCCGCCAACCUGCCUAUGAAUCCUUCUAUACAUAUAUAUAUUUAAUCAACGAUCUUAUGAG